AUGGGGUUGAGUGAGAGAGCGAGCAGGCAGCAGCAGCAGCAGCAGCAGCAGCAGCAGCAGCAGCAGCAGCAGCCGCAGUCGCAGCAGCAGCAGCAGCAGCAGCAGCAGCCGCAGUCGCAGUCGCAGCAGCAGCAGCAGCAGCAGCAGCGGGAGGCAACGAAGUCCCACCUGAGUCUCUGUUCCUCCGCCGCUGAGCGCGGACCCAUCCUGCGCCUCCGCAGAGGGCCUCGCCUGUGCGCCAGCCUCGUCGCUCCUGCUGCCGCUACCACCGCUGCCGCCACUGCUGCUGCUGUUGUUACCGCCGCCGCCACCGCCGUCUGCGCGACCGCCGGUGGCCCCACCGCCGCGGCAUCGGCCCUCAACGCCAAGAUGUCGAAAUGA